GCUCAUCCAGUCAACGGGGCCAGACGUUUUUUCUUGUAGCCGACUGCAACGUGUUUGGUAAUGGUAAAACACAUGGUUUAUAAUGGAAAUAUGAUUGAAACAGAUGGUACUUUGAACGUGCAGUUGCGCCUGGACACAAUAUUCAGCUGUUUUCAAAACUAUGAAAAUGUUUGCGUUCCAAUCGGCCUCGCCUGCAUGUGCGGUUUGGUCUUGCUGGCAUCCUGUUGCAUACUUUGUCUAAGAGUGCGCGGCAGACAUGCUGGCGUCGAAGCUGGUGGCUCGAUAUACUGCUUCUUCGGCAACGUGUGCAACAUGGUCGGGGCUAUUCUUUCCCACCAGCUCGCGAUACAGUUGCCGCUAUCUUACUCCCAUUGUGUUGCAACUCGUCCGCUGUGAGGAGACAGAGGAUGGAGCGAAGGAGGCGGAGGCAAAACCAAACCCUCCAAGCCGUGUCCGGGCUGGUGUUACUGGGAUGCGGAGGCUGGUUGAGCACCCAGCUUUCCCUAAACCCAUCUACACACUCCGCCAUGAGGAGACGACUGCUGAGUGAUCUCGUGCAAGAUCAGACAGCAGUCCUGGGGUAUGUGCUUGGCCUGCUCUACCUGGUCAUAGCCUGGACCUCCAAGCUUCCGGUGCUUUUCAGGGCACACAGAGGGGAGGUGCUCUGCAGGGCGCGAGUGUGGUCGGGGGUGUUGUGUUUCCUGGCUGGAGUCCUGUACAGCAGUGCUGUCCUGGUGUGGGUUAGGGCAACCCUGCCCUGGCACAGACACCUGGAGGCUGUGCUGGUAGCUCUGCCCUGGCUUCUGGCUGCUCUCGGCUCUGCUGCCCUGGAGGUCCUCAUCCUGGCUGUUCACUGGUGCAGACGAGGCCCUAGCCAGAAGUGUAGGAAGCUGUCCCCAUACACGGAGCAUCUCCUAGGGGGGUCCCCUCCCUCCUCCCCAGAAACACAGCAUCGCCUGGGGGGGCACCAAGGUGUGUCUGGCUCCAUCAGCUCCAGAUUGGGCUUGGACAGGGCUCCUUCACAGAAGAACCCUCUGGUUGAUAUGGGUCACUAUAUGGAUGUUGACAUUCAACCUGUGAGAAAGAUGUGUUUGAAGCAGAUGACGGUCUCCAGGGAGAAGGCGCCAAACUGCCGACCCCUGCGGACGACGGAGAGGGUGGUGAGAGUGGAUGAGGCCUGCACUGAGUUGGACUCCUCCUCAGACUCAUCCCUUAGCUCUGACCUGCAGUGGGAUUUUGAACAAGCAAGCCCACAAUGGAGCAGACCCCCCUCCCAGGUGAACGUGGACAAGUUCCCCCUGCAGGAGUGGCCCCAGGGCCCCCUGACCCCCACCCACCUGCCCCAGGCCCCCUUAACCCAGGCCCCCUUAACCCCCACCCACCUGCCCCAGCCCCCCCAACCCCCACCCAUCUGCCCCAGGCAUCCCCAACCUCCACCCGCCUGCCUGCCCCAGCAGCAUGACGACGGCAGCAGAGAACCUGGCCCAGUAGCCGGAGGUGGACCAGUCGACCAGGGAUGA